GGGGUGGAUAGUUGACACCAUUAUCCGUGGACGAGCGAUGGUGCCAUUUAUUAAAUCUCACGGCGCAGCUCUCGCCCUUUACAAGAAGAAGAGCCCGCGCGUUUCGCUUGUGCAGCCAGUUGAGACUCGCUUCGCAUCAAUUUUCAUGAUGUUGACUUGUCUCCUCGGGAGACGCGACUCGCUGGAGGCAAUGUUGCAUGACGACGCGUGGGCGAGUAUCCCGUGGGAGCGGAGACUGCUGCCCCAGGCGAGAUGGGUGCAUCUCCAGAUUCGAGAUGGCGAGUUCUGGCGCUAUGUCGAGUUCUUGAUUCUUGUGAUGGAGCCCAUCCAUCAGCUGCUGAGGCGGAUGGACAGAGGAGGGAUGAUGAUGUCCAUCGUCUACGAGUGGAUCCGUCAUCUCGUUCAGCUUCUGACGAAGCUGGACGUUGUGCCGGCCGAUCUUCUGACCCCGUGCAUGCGAGAGGUCAGGAUGCGGCUCAUGCACUUGUUGGAGCCCGCGCACGCUGCCGCUCCUCCCCGAAGCCCCCAUCGUCAGUCUUUGAGGUACUACGCAUCCCUCCACACCACGACGGAGGAUGUGGAGGUUGUACAGGAGUGUGAUCGUUUUCUCCUUGUGCAGACUGGAGGUGAGCCCACCAGCAGGGAUUACCUCGUUGUUCGUGACCAGAUGCGCCGAUUCCAUGCGCGCAGUGGAGACUGGGGUGACAGGCUGGUGUCGGAGGCCGAGGCGGAGGGUUGCCAUGGGGAUCAGGAGACGCACCAUUGCGCGGCGUGGCAGCAGGGUGGCGGCUAUGUGCUUCCGUGGGUCAUGGACGGUGUCGACACCGAGAGACGGCUGCCGAACGAGGACGAGGACGGUUACCCCGAGCCUGACGUGUGGGGGGCCAGACCUGUUGGAGAGGGUUCUGCGGCAGCUGCUGAGGACGGAGAGGACGAUUGGACGGAUGCAAAGGAUGUGGCGGGAGGCACAGACAGGACGGCGGAGCAGGUGUACUUCACGUAUGUGGCCGGGUCGGACGGGCAUGCGCCGUGGACGUCCGUCAUCACGGACGAUGUCGCCGGCGGGGCACAGGGUAGCGCCACUCGACACCCUCCAGCGGGUCAAGGUCAUGGCGCCGUAUCUCGCGACGUUCACCCCCGCGCGAGGAGAGUUCUAGGGGUGAACUCGAGUGACGAGGGCGAGGGCGUGGCACCUCACGCUGACCGCCUGCGGGACCCUCGGCUCGAUCCGAGCCACCACUCCACGAAGCUUUCAGAGCAGCUUCGUCGGUCACACAGAGUCCAUGACAGAGCGGAGUACAGGACGGAUGUGAGGGAGAGGGAGGAGACUAUUGAGGAGAGGGACGCUCGCCUGGAUCGCGAGGAGGAGUCAUGGUUGCAGUCCAUGCCUCGAUGGGAGGGCAGAGAGGCGUAUGAGGCCGAGCAGCGGAGGAAGAGGGAGUUAGAGACGAUAGGAGCGGGUCCACCAUCGAGCGUUGGACGUAUGCCGACUUCUGACACGAUGCAGCCCCCCUCUAGGCCCUCUGAUGUUGUGGGUGGUGGUGCUCACACAUGCGGAUUGGACGCUGGAGGCGGGGGGCAGGCAGAUGUGCCAUGCGAGGGUGGUCCUGUCGGGGGUGUCGAGAUAGUGGGGGCAGACACAGGAGCUGAGAGCUCUGACGACGGCGAGGAGUGUGAGGACGCCGAGGCUACCGUAGACGACGUCGUGAUUGGCAUAUGCGCGGCUGGCACAGAUGGCGGGACUCAUGGAAGGGAGGAGGGGAUGGUGGACAAGGGCAAUGUGCCUUUGCCUGAGGAGGAGUUGGUGGACGAGGGGAGUGUUCGUUUGCCUCAGGAGGAGUUGGACGAGGGCGAUUUGGCUUUGCCAGAGGAGGAGUUGGUGGACGAGGGCAGUGUCCCUUUGGAGGGCGGUGUGCCUUUCAUUGAUGGCACGACACAGGAUGACGAGGAGGGAGCAGCGGUCGACGCAGGGCACAGUGCCCCGUCCGUUCGAGAUGGCGUGACCGGAGGGCAUGUUGAGGAGGUAGCAGCCAUCGACAUGUCCCUCGCGAUUAUUGUUAGGCCCCCGUCGGUGCAAGAUGUCGAGAGAGGAUGGCAUAUUGACUCGGGUGGGCCGGGCUCUUUCUCUGCAGGUGGGCAGUUCGGGGAGAUGCCUUGGUGGGAUGGCGGGGAACCGGGGGAGUGCACUUCGACCCCAUUACAUCCGGAGCAGCUAGAGAGGUUGGGCACGGAGGACCCUUUCCCGUUCACUGGUGGUCAGCCCUCGCCUCCCCCGUGGGCUCUAGUGAGCCCUAGGUGGACCGGAUCAUCGCAGUCCGACAUCCGCGAGCGGGAGUCUUUGGAGAGCCAGGCGGCAGUGUUUUCAGGCGGGCCUGGCAGCAGCCAUGUGCAGCCACUGACGCAUCCUAUAUCUCGAGCAUCGCAGCUGACCACAGCACCGGCUGCAAGUCUUCCACCGAUUGGAGGUCGAGGCAGCGGGCGGGGAUCUUCUUCGAGUCAUCGAGGUGGCGUUUUAUGGGGGUGGUCGUCUUGUCGGCGAGUGACGGACAGUCAGAGGAGGGACUACGAUAGAGGACGGGGGCUGUUCGCACGAGGACCAUCGGGAGAGGGAGAUCCUGCAGCGGGUGCGAGUGAGGUUGGACGACCGAGUGUCCACACAGCAGGACAUAUACUCGGAUUGGAUAGAGUCGAGACGAGGAGGACAGAGAGGUUGGAGGUUUAUCCGGCUCGAUCAGCCAUUGACGAUAGACGGCAGGGACUGCCGUACACAUCGGGGGAGGAGGACUUGCAUAUGCCACAGGGUUCGAGACGUCAUGGCUCGAUCAGGGAUCUUGAUGCGGAGAUUGCUGCUGACCAGCAGCGGUUGGCGGACCUCAUUCCCGAGCGUGAGAGGAGGUUAGAGACGGAGGCACAGGCUGAGGAGGCGGACACAGAGAUUGAGCCCAUUGACACAACCAUGCGGAGAGAGAGGCAUCGGAGAGUAGCGUCCGCGGCAGGCUCACACCUUGCACCCGUAGGGAGAGAGGGAGCACCACACGAUAGGGGUCGGGGUGGGAGGAGAGGAGCAUUGGCAGGGAGAGGGAGUGCAACACGUCAUAGCACUCAUACUAGGCGCGGUAGCAGGGGUUAGCGACUUGUGUAGCACAGCAAAUCAGUUUUGUACUUUCAUG